CAGCAGUUAUCAGUUUUCACCAUGAAUGGGAGAGAGUGGCAAGCAGUAGUCUUAUGUGGCGGUCCUGGCAGUCGAAUGACUGAACUGACCGAUCACAUCCCGAAAUGCCUGCUUCCAAUCGCUGGUGUGCCGCUUUUUUGGUAUCCGCUCAACUUCUUGCAAAAGAACUCUGUGUUUGGUAAUUAUAUGGAAUUUUAUGAACAGUUAGUUUCGGACCUUUCGUAUAACCGCAUGGGAGAUAUUCUUCUAAUUGUUAACGAGAAGCAGCUAGCUGAGGUUAAGUCCUUCCUACAAACGAAGGUGGGCUUACCGCCUCUCAAUAGUUUAGACAUUGAGAUUGUUGCUUGUUCAAAUGAAGAUUACGGGACCGCAGAUGUUCUUCGGCAUUUUGCAGGAAAAAUAAAGAAAGACUUUAUUGUGGUCAGUGGGGAUUUCGUUUCUGACAUGAGUUUAGAACCAGUUUUUUCUUUACAUCGUGCAGAAGAUUCAGCUGUAACAUGCGUAUUUUCCGACAGUGUGGUAACGGGUCCUGCUCCUGGUCCAAAAACAAAGCGUUCGAAAGGUUCAUGGCACAAAUUUUUCAGCCUUUCUGCGAAAUAUAACGAUUGUCAUAUUUAUCUGAUGAAGAAAUGGAUAUUGGAAAUUUUACAAAAAGAUCGGAAGAUGUCAUCCGUAAAAGCCGACCUAUUGCCGUACAUCCUGGAAAGAGGGUAUUGUAGGGCUGAACCAGCAGUAGUUCUUCAAACGAUAUUCCUCCACCUUACAGAUGUUGCUUCCCACCUGAUUUCUGACGGGCUUCCGAGUCUAGUCACCAAAUUUAGUUAUGGAUCCGAUGAAUUUGAAAUAACGCCGCAGCUGCGGUGUUUUGCUUACUUGGUGACUCCGGAAAAUGGAGCUAUCACCGCUCAUGUAAACAAUCUUGGAGCGUACUUUGAAGCAAAUAAGGCAAUUAUACGAUUUCUUUGGACAAGAUUCAGCAACCAGUUUCCCGCAGGGCUGAAGACCGAAGACUGUGGAAAUAUAACAGCUUCGGAAAGCUAUAUAAGCUCGUCUGCUUGUUUUGCGGAUACUCAGUCUGGAGAGGCGAGUGGAUUUAGAGGAGAAAAAACUAUAGUGAAACGUUCUGUCAUUGGUAACAACACCUAUGUUGGAGCCCGAGCUCUAAUUACAGGCUCAGUGAUCAUGGAAUCGUGUAACAUUGGUUCAAGUGUUAAUGAGAGGGCUCACGCAGUAGAAUGUAAAGGAGUCUCUGAGUUCACAGUAAUAAUGAAGGAAAUCUUCAGAGUGCAUAUAUCAAACUCAAUUAUUUGCGGAGAAGUCGUGAUUGAAGACGGCGCCGAAAUCACAUCCUCCAUUGUUAUAAACCGUGAAAAAAUCCCAUCAAAUUGCAAAGUUCAAAAUGAACUGAUUGCUCCGGUGGAUGAAAUGGAACUUGAGGAUCAGUACGACGAGUGA